AGAACGAGUGGAAGUAGUUGGCCGUCUGGUAAAUAUGUUCCGCCCUGUCGCCGUAUUUAUGCCGCAGAGGAGCGGCCAUCUCAACGGUCCACUGCGAUCAUUUGCCUGUUCUUCCACUAAAACAGCGACCGGCCGAGCGAGAGCUGUAGUCACGAUGAGCGGCGGCGGGAAGGUGGUGUGUGUCACGGGCGCGUCCGGCUUCAUCGCCUCGUGGCUUGUGAAGCUCCUCCUCCAGCGCGGCUACACCGUCCGCGCCUCCGUUCGUGACCCUGCUGAUCCAAAGAAGACUCAGCACUUGCGUGCUCUGGAGGGAGCCACCGAGAGGUUGCUUUUGUUUAAAGCCAACUUAUUAGAAGAGGGGUCCUAUGAUGCUGUGGUUGAGGGUUGUGAUGGUGUUUUUCACACUGCAUCUCCUUUUUAUCAUGCAGUCACAAAUCCACAGGCUGAGUUAAUUGAGCCUGCAGUGAAGGGCACACUCAAUGUUUUGGCAUCCUGUAAGAAUUCAUCUGUGAAAAAGGUAGUGGUGACAUCAUCAAUGGCUGCUGUUGCAUACAAUAGUAAACCACGAACUCCUGAUGUAGUUGUUGAUGAGACAUGGUUUUCAAGUCCCGAGGUUUGCGAGCAGCAAAAGCAAUGGUAUGUACUCUCGAAGACUUUGGCAGAGGAAGCUGCUUGGAAGUUUUCUAAAGAGAAUGGCAUAGAUAUAGUCACGAUAAAUCCAGGAAUGGUCACAGGUCCUCUUCUGCAGUCAACACUUAACACAAGUUCUGCUGCAAUCCUGAACCUAAUAAAUGGUUCCUCCACCUUUCCUAAUGCAACCUUUGGGUGGGUAAAUGUUCAAGAUGUUGCCAUGGCGCAUGUUCUGGCUUUUGAACUUCCCUCAGCAUCAGGAAGAUACUGUCUUGUCGAAAGAGUUGUUCAUUACUCAGAGAUUUUGAAGAUCAUACAUGAACUUUAUCCUUCUUUUCAACUCCCUGAUAAGUGUGCAGAUGACAAGCCCUUUGUGCCGGUAUACAAAGUCUCCAAGGAAAAGUUUAAAAGCUUGGGCCUCGACUACAUCCCUCUGGAAACAAGCAUCAAGGAAACGAUCGAGAGCCUGAAGGAGAAGAACUUUAUUAGUUUCUAAAACUUGAAUUAGCAUAAUAAAUAAUUUUGCAUCCCAGAUCAAUGGUGAUGCUUGUCGAACUUUGAAGCAGUAAAUCAUGCAUUGCAUAAUCGUGUAAUUGAUCUUUUCAGCACAUGCAAUUUGUUUUUUAGAAACGAGGACAUAUUUGUGCUCCAUUAUGAUGUCAUGCCUGUUGUUGGUGUGAUAGAUUAUAAGUUUAUAUUGGAAUGUGUUCUUCAUAUAAUAUAAGUGUGGUUAGUUGUUA